AUGUCGCUGCCCGGGGGCGCGAGGGCGUUGCCCAUCAGCGCCAGGGAGCUCCGGCGCGCCGGUGCCAGGGGCACAAGGCCCUUACGCAGGGAGUGCAGCGGCCUGGGGGACAUGCCCGGCUCCUUCGUGCCCACGGUGACGGCCAUCACGAAGAAGCGCCGGGUGCGGCGGGAGAGGAACAAGUUGGCGGCAGCCAAGUGCCGUAACCGGCGCCGGGAGCUGACAGAUCGGCUGCAGGCGGACACAAGGAUGCUGGAGGAGGAGGAUGCCGUCCCCAGGGACAUGGUCUCAUCCCUGUCCCCGUGUGUCCCCGCAUAG